GUGAAUUCUACUAAAGUAGAAGAAGAACGAGGGGAACGCUUCCGGUUGUGGGAGGCAGUCAUUAGUUUAGUGGUUUCCAGGAGAAGAAGAGCGAGUUAGUGUAUCGUGAGAAGAACAAGGAGAAGAAGCGCUGAACUGAACAGAAGAUGGACUGUGAAGAGAAGACGUACGGUGGCUGUGAAGGGCCAGAUGCCAUGUACGUCAAACUGAUCUCUUCUGAUGGUCAUGAGUUCAUCGUGAAGAGAGAACACGCGCUAACAUCAGGAACCAUCAAAGCCAUGCUGAGUGGCCCUGGCCAGUUUGCUGAAAACGAAACGAACGAAGUGAAUUUCCGAGAGAUCCCGUCUCACGUCCUCUCCAAAGUCUGCAUGUAUUUCACCUACAAAGUCCGAUACACCAACAGCUCCACAGAAAUCCCAGAGUUCCCCAUCGCCCCGGAAAUCGCCCUGGAACUGCUCAUGGCCGCAAACUUCUUAGAUUGUUAAACGCGUUCGCCGUGCAUGUGCUGGAAACGUUUAAACAAUAGGUAAAAUGUGUGGCAGAAGGACGUGUUGUAUGCUUUUUAAGUUUAGUUCCCACAGUAUUAGUUUUGUCCAUGCCACAGAAUUUCCUGAAGUGGAGGUCGUUAAGCAGAUAGCAUGCAGUGUCUGUUCCCCCUCCACUACUAACCUGUGAAACUUAUCCCAUUAAUAAAAAUAAUUUAAUAGUUAACUUUAAAGAAGAAUUCAUUAAAUUGUUUUUCCCUAA